AUGGUGCAUUCUGCUGCGCCCACUCUUCAAUUCUUUGGCUUUAAGGCUACUUGUGCAACCUUCUCUUCAUCAUGUGCUGAGAGGGAUUGGAGUAUAUACUCAUUUUUAUCCAUUUCAUGGAAUGAAGAACAAGAGAUGACACUCCUCAACGUGCAGCAGGACUUGGUUUUGUCAACACCUCCGUGCUUAUAUCAGGAGAAACCACCCACAACUACCAUGAAUAGGGAGACCAAAGAGAGUGGGACUAUUAGUCCUUCGUUUGCUAAUUACCCUUGGAAGGGGGAUUUGGUAAGGAAGGAGGUAGAGAUGGAGGGACUACCAACAAUUGAUUUCUCAGCCAAGCAUAUGAAAAGGCAAUCCACAAAGUAUGGAUUCCUCAGCCAAAUGGGAAAGGCAAACCGGGCUGAAAUAGAAACAUAUUGGAGAAUUAAAGAAUGUCAGGUCCAAGAAGAUGAGGUGGUUGACAGUAAGAUCUUGCCAUACUGUAGCAUAGACAAGAAAGAGAAGAAGUCAUUGGGCGAGCUUGAACAAGAAUUUCUUCAAGCACUACAAGCUUUUUAUUAUGAGGGAAGGGCUAUUAUGUCAAAUGAUGAAUUUGAUAACCUCAAGGAAGAACUAAUGUGGGAAGGAAGCAGCAUUGUCAUGCUAACUUCUGAUGAACAGAAAUUUCUCGAAGCUUCAAUGGCUUAUGUAGCUGGGAAGCCAAUAAUGAGCGAUGAGGAGUAUGACAAACUGAAGAUGAAACUAAAGAUGGAUGGGAGUGACAUUGUAGUUGAGGGUCCACGAUGCAGUCUCCGCAGUAGAAAGGUUUACAGUGACCUGUCCGUUGACUAUUUCAAGAUGUUCCUCUUGAAUGUACCUGCUGCUCUCAUUGCACUAACAUUGUUUUUCUUCCUGGAUGAUUUGACUGGAUUCGAGAUCACAUAUCUUUUGGAG